AUGGCGUCCACCUAUAAGCUUAAAGACAUCGAAUCACUAGAUUUGAAGAACGGGGAAAAGAAAGAAGUUGGCAUCGAAGAUCUCGGCGAUACAAAGCUGUUGCUAGUGAAACUGGAUGGCCAGGUUCAUGCUUUGACGCCAAAUUGCACACAUUACGGUGCUCCUUUAGUAAAGGGCGUGUUAACUCCAGAUGGGAGGAUAACGUGUCCGUGGCAUGGAGCCUGCUUUAAUGUCACGACGGGUGAUAUCGAAGAUGCCCCUGCACCAAACGCCCUGGAAAAAUUUGAAGUGUUCGAGAAAGAUUCUGCUGUCUAUGUUAAAGCAGAUGCAGAGUCCCUGAAACGCUACAGACGAGAGCCUAUUAGCCAAUGUAGCGUUGUCGGCGAUCAGAAGGUGGUUAUAAUUGGAGGUGGAAGUGCUGCCUUCGGAACUGUUGAAGUCCUUAGGGACCAGGGAUUCAAGGGCAAGAUAACGAUGAUUUCCCGUGAAUCAAAUCCUCCACUGGAUAGGACCAAACUCUCUAAAGCACUCAUUCCAGACCCUAAUAAGAUCCUUCUGAGGCCGGCUCAAUGGUAUUCAUCUGUUGGUAUCGACCUUCUCUUCGAUAAUGCUACCGCCGUAGAUUUUGAGAAAAAGGUGGUCUCCGCGGAGUCGGGGAAGUCAUUUCCAUACACAAAGCUUGUAUUGGCAACUGGUGGAGUGCCCAGACGGUUGCCUGUGCCUGGUAUUAAGGACCUUGGGAACGUUUUUGUCCUGCGUUUUUCAACGGACGUCCAGCAAAUUCUCGAGGCUGUUGGAGAUAAAAACAAAAACAUUGUUGUAAUUGGCAGCUCCUUCAUUGGCAUGGAGGUUGGAAAUUGCCUAUCAAAAGACAACAAAGUCACUAUUGUGGGAAUGGAAUCGGCCCCAUUGGAGCGUGUCAUGGGCAAAGAUGUCGGCCAGAUCUUCCGCAAACUCCUUGAGAAACAAGGAGUUACCUUCCACAUGUCGACUUCACUGGAUAAAGCAACGCCAGCAGAAAAUGAUUCAUCAAAAGUCGGUGCAGUCCACCUGAAAGAUGGCACAGUUCUCCCAGCAGACCUGGUUAUCUUGGGCGUUGGAGUAGCUCCUGCCACUGAAUUUCUUCAAGGCAACGCGGCAGUGACACUGGAGCAAGAUGGGUCUCUCAAAACUGACGAGUCAUUCGCUGUCAAUGGCCUGAAGGAUGUCUAUGCUGUUGGUGACAUCGCGACAUAUCCAUAUCGCGGACCUGGUGCUGGUCAAGGCGGCAAAACUCACGUCCGCAUUGAGCACUGGGACGUUGCCCAAAAUGCCGGACGUAGUGUCGGGUUCACACUAGCAAAUGCUCUCGCCUCUCCUCCCAAAGAUUUUCGUCCGAAGCCCUUUAUUCCUAUCUUUUGGUCAGCCCUAGGACAGCAGCUGCGAUACUGUGGAAAUACGAUGAACGGAUGGGACGAUGUUAUUAUUACUGGAGACCCGGACAACUUCAAGUUCGCUGCCUUCUACACGCUUGGCGAUACCAUUGUUGCAUCGGCGAGCAUGAAUAUGGACCCGUUGAACUCCAAGUGUGCGGAGCUAAUGAGAAGGGGGAAUAUGCCAGGUAAAAGAGACUUGCAGAGAGGUGUGGAUAUACUGGGACUAGAUCUCCCUGGAACGCUAAAGAUGUAA